UGGUGUGCGUCCAGUGGACGGAAGUAGCUGUUGGGAGCUUUCAGACGCUUUAAAUUCCUGCGGGGUGGAGGGCUUAGCUUAGUUGCUGGAGUCUGGCUUCACACUCGCAUGGCUGUGGACGUGAAGUCUCGAGCAAAGCGCUAUGAGAAACUGGACUUCCUCGGGGAGGGACAGUUUGCUACGGUCUAUAAGGCCAGAGAUAAGAACACCAACCAAAUCGUCGCCAUUAAGAAAAUCAAACUUGGACACAGGUCAGAAGCUAAAGAUGGUAUAAAUAGAACAGCCUUAAGGGAGAUAAAGCUCUUACAGGAACUGAGUCAUCCAAAUAUAAUUGGUCUCCUUGAUGCAUUUGGACAUAAAUCUAACAUUAGCCUUGUCUUUGAUUUUAUGGAAACUGACCUAGAGGUUAUAAUAAAGGAUAACAGUCUUGUGUUGACACCAUCCCACAUUAAAGCCUACAUGUUGAUGACUCUUCAGGGCUUAGAAUAUUUACAUCAGCAUUGGAUUCUACACAGGGAUCUGAAACCAAACAACUUGUUGUUAGAUGAGAAUGGAGUUCUGAAACUGGCAGAUUUUGGCCUGGCCAAAUCGUUUGGGAGCCCUAAUAGGGCUUACACGCAUCAGGUUGUGACCAGAUGGUACCGGGCCCCUGAGUUAUUGUUUGGGGCUAGGAUGUAUGGUGUUGGAGUGGACAUGUGGGCUGUUGGUUGUAUAUUAGCAGAAUUGCUUCUAAGGGUUCCUUUUUUGCCUGGAGAUUCAGACCUUGAUCAGCUAACAAGAAUAUUUGAGACUUUGGGUACACCAACUGAAGAACAAUGGCCUGACAUGUGUAGUCUUCCAGAUUAUGUGACGUUUAAGAGUUUCCCUGGGAUCCCACUGCAGCACAUCUUCAUUGCAGCUGGAGACGACCUGCUUGAUCUCAUCCAAGGCUUGUUCUUGUUUAACCCGUGUACUAGGAUUACAGCCUCACAGGCACUGAAGACCAAGUACUUCAGUAAUCGUCCAGGGCCAACACCUGGAUGCCAGCUUCCAAGACCAAACUGCCCAGCGGAAGCCUUAAAGGAACAGUCAAAUCCAACCAUGGCAACAAAACGGAAAAGGACAGAGGCCUUAGAACAAGGAAUAUUGCCCAAGAAGCUAAUUUUUUAGUUGGAGCGAACAAUGAACAGUUUCACUGCUGAAAGAAAUGAUCCAAAGGCAAAUAAUGGAAAAAAAUAGGGAAUAUUAAAUGCUACAGAAGAGAAUUUGUAAAUAUUCUACAGAUGUAAAAUAUGUAAAACUAUGGGUUAUUUUUAUUAAAUGUAUUUUAAAAUAAAAUAUUUGUGAUUUAUGAUUAGA